GCAUGCCUUUUAAAAAAAAAUAUUCGAACCGAUUAAUCAGAAUUAGUCGAUUCGUUGUCAUUUAAACACGACGCAGGAUAUUCUCCAUUUUUAUUGCUAUUUUUUCUUCUUGUUCUUCGUUCUUUUGUGUGAGCGAGUGCAUUUUUGUUUUGGUUUUGAAAGAAGGGAUUCCAUGGGAAUUUCGUUCAAUUUGAUGUUAUCAGCUGAUUUUUUCCUCGUUAAAAGCCCAAAAGAAAAACGUGUGUCAAACUAGUGAUAAUGCAUGGAAACAGUUUAUUUGCAUUUAAAAUUUAAAUCACAAUCAAAUUACAUAAUAGAAACAUUCAAAAUCACGUCAUAGAAACAACAAUUGACCUAUGAAAAUCUAGCGUAUUUUCAACGCGAUGGAAAACCUAUUUGAAAUUUAACUUCUUAACGCUUGUAGCCAAUUCUAAUGAAUAUAAUUUGAAAUUCGAUUCUUUUGGCGGUUAAAGAACCAUAUUCAUACAUUGCGAACGCACCCCAGCCGUACCAGCAUUUUCAUUGUAUUCUUUCGCAUGAGUUCACCGAGACGUAUACGUAUUGGAUCUGUCAAACAAACACAGUCGAAACAAUGACAACUGAGUGCUGAAACAAUCUCUCGCUCUCUCUCUCUCUCUCUCUCUCUCUCUCUCUCUCUCUCUCUCUCUCUCUUCCACUGUGCAAAAUACACAACACAACAGACAGAAGUUAAAAAAAAAUACACAGAAAAGAGAGACGAAGCUGAAAGACACAAAUGACGACAUCAAAGAACGAAACAACAAAAAAAGAGAUACAAAGAAGUUUAUUAUAAUGAUUGUUAGUGUAUUAAAGCGUUUGUGAAAUUAUCAGAGCAGAUUAAAAUAAAACAGCGACGACGCUUUGUGUGUUCCGGAUCGAAAAUCGGUUUACAAAUCACUAAAACGCAUAUGACAAACCCAAUUGUAAACAUAAAAUAGCCAAAACGAGAGGAUUUCCUCUGUUUUUUUUUUAUUUCCUUCGUUUUCACUUUGUGUUCCUACAUAAAAAAUUAUUGUUUGUAUUUUGGUUUUUUGCUCUUGAGUUGUGUUGUCGUCAUCGCGUUCAGUAGAAAUUAUCCAAAGUAGAUCAGCAAUUUUUUUCCGUCGUACAUAUGUUAAAAUUUCGCUGUACUUAGCAACGAUUGCUGCGUUUUUUCGAACGGGAACCGAUUGAAUAAAUAUUACAACAGUCCAGCGAUUUGAAACGUCAAUGCGAACAAAAGUGUCGUGGUUUCAGUUAAUGUGAGGCAAUUGUAAGUGGCACAGAGAUGCCGAGCUUAAGAGAGAAUCGAUCCGGAUCCAGUGAUGAUGGAUAUUCAUCAUGGAUUGGUUUGAUGUUUUUAUUCAAUUUAAUCGUUGGAACGGGUGCACUUACGUUACCUUCGGCCUUCGCCAAAACGGGAUGGCUGCUGGGCUUGGUUCUCAUUACAAUAUUGGCAUUUAUCAGCUAUAUGACGGUCACAUUUGUGAUUGAAACAAUGGCUUGUGCAAAUGCCAUCUACUAUUGGGGUCGAUUGGAACAGCUUAAGCGAGAACGAGAACGCGAAGGUUACGUGCCACAGGAUCCGGAUUCAAAUACCGAAGAGGAUAAUGAUUCGGCGAUAGUAAAUGAUUUAGAGCCGAAUCGUCUGAUUCAAAAUGACAAUGUCAACAGUACCAUUGAGCAUAUGCCGUUGUUUUCGCAACGAACACGAUACUAUGAAAUCGAAACGAAAAUCGAACUGGUCGAUAUGGCACGCAUUUUUUUCAAUGAUAAGGGUCGUGUGCUAUUUUUCCUGUGUUUUGCCAUCUACUUGUACGGUGAUUUAAGUAUUUACUCAGCUGCUGUUGCGAAAACACUACGAGAUGUCAUUUGUACACGAAACAGUGCCUUUGCCAAUGCAACAGAUGAUGAGUUGGACGCACAACCGUGCUGGACGAAUGUGGAUCCAUUGAGUCAGUGGGCAAAUUUUACUCGCCUCGAUUGCUAUCGAAUGUCGUUGAUCGGUUUCAUUACACUAUUGGGUCCGUUCACUUUUUUCAAUGUACAAAAAACCAAGUAUAUUCAAAUGUGUACGAUCCUAUUGCGUUGGAUGGCCUUUUCAAUAAUGAUCAGCAUUGCAGUGCGACGGCUUAUGGUGAAUGGUCAACAAGGUUAUCCACCAAUUGCCAAUCCAUAUGGAAUGCCAUCACUGUUUGGCACUUGCGUCUAUUCAUUCAUGUGUCAUCAUUCGUUGCCCAGUUUAGUGGCACCGAUUCGUGAUAAAGGCGGUUUGCAUAAAAUGCUUUCAGCCGAUUAUAUGCUCAUCGCCGGAUUUUAUCUAUUCCUUGCAGUGACUGGCUCAUUUGCAUUUGCACAUCUUGAAGAUUUGUACACACUGAACUUCAUACCAACGGCCAAACAAUCCGAUAUGUUCCUCGUGUUUAUCGAAUACUUUUUGGCACUAUUCCCCGUCUUCACGUUGUCGGCCAGUUUUCCAAUCAUUGCCAUCACACUGCGGAAUAAUCUCGAAGCAUUGUUCAUGGGAACAACAACAACACAAAGUAACACCAAUCCAGAUGCGGCCUAUGCAAGUUUUUGCCAAUUUUUAUUGUGUCGUUGUACAUUUCCGCUGUUGGCCAUACUUCCACCAAUUGUCAUCACCUAUUUCACCGAUAGCCUGGCGAGUUUGGUCAGUUUUACGGGCAGUUAUGCGGGCACAGGCAUUCAAUAUAUCAUACCCGUUGCGCUGGUGUGGCAAGCACGAAAAACAUGUCGCCAAAUCUUGGGGCAGGGAAUUAUCAACGAUUUUAGAAGUCCAUUCCAAAGUGUUGUUUGGCUCAUUUUCGUAUUCGUCUGGAGUUGCACAUCGGUGAUACUCGUCACCGUCAACUUCCUCACACAUUCAAUUCACCAACAGCCCGCUCACCUUGGCAUUCAUUUAACACACUGAUUCUAUCAAAGCUGAAUCAUUUGUUUUCUUCGUUAAAAAUUCGAUUUUUUUGCACACCAAAUUCAUUCAGUUUGAAGUCAGACCAUUUUUUUUUUAACUAGAAAAAAAACAAUUCCAAUUUUAACCAUAACAACUUUUUAUCUCCUUUAAAUGUUUAACAAUUAUGACUGCAAAUUGAAUGGAUUUAAGCGGCGAGAAAAAUCGAAUUUUCAUGAAUAACACGACCGAUGGAUUUACAACAUUUGAAUACCAAAUCGAAGCAGCCAAAAACAUCCUUACCUAAAACAAUGCUGCGAUGCCCAAAUUGCAUCGAAGCAUAAUGAUUCUCAAUUAGACCAUAAGAUAGAUAAAUUUAUGUGAAUAAUUAAAAACAUCUUCUUCUCCACAAAAUCAAAUGGAAGCUCAUGUACACUUAGACCGUGAUAAACUAAAAAAAAACAAAACAAACACUCUAUAGAUUUGUAAAUAUGUUAUUUGGUGACAAAAACAAAAAGAAGAAGAAUAUUUUGAAUUUUACAUUUUAAACAUUAUGCGGAUAUUUAAGAAUCUUCCUUUAAAAAAAUACAUGGAACAUUACAUCUUAAGCCAAAAAAAACUAUAUAUAUACGAUAGAAAGCUAUGAAUUAAUCAAACGAGUGGUGCAUCGACUGAAAGCCUCAGGUUUUACAUGUCGUAAAACAACAGCAAAGAUGGAACAACUAUUUAAUUGUAAAUGAUAUUGUUAACUUGAAAACUAAAAGAAAAUGAAUUAAUUUUACGAAUGUUUAACGCUAUUCGCAAGAAGCAGACUAAAUGGUGCGGUUAAAGAUCCAGAAUCAAGAACUGACAAACUAUGAAAUCUAUUCGAUAUAUAUUUUUUUAUUCAUAUUCUAUUUUUUUGAAACAUACCGAAAACAAGAGCAGCAACAAUUGUGCAAAGUCUUUGCUUUUUUUGUAGAAACUUAUUAAAUGUAUAUUUCGAUGGAA